AUACCAGCAUAGCCUUGUAUAGGCUGAUAAUACUUAUCGACAAUGGAUAUCCACCGCUGCAGAUUCGUCCCUUAUAACCCUCAAGCGAUCAAUGCGCUCUCAUUCUCCCAUCCUCCCUCCGUCGGCCUCGGUGGAAAAGGUGUCCCCACGCUUCGCCUCGCCGUUGGUCGCGCAAACGGUGACAUCGAAAUAUGGAACCCCAUGCGCGGCGCAUGGUUCCAGGAGACCGUGCUUCGCGGCGGGAAGGACCGCAGCAUCGAGGGUCUCGUCUGGACGCUUGAUCCUCCCGAGGAUGGCCCCGACGGCGCCCAAAAGCUGCCGGGCCGACUGCGCCUGUUCAGUAUUGGAUACUCGAGUGCAGUGACGGAGUGGGAUCUAGAGCAGGGCCGGCCAAAGCGUCACUCCAGCGGGAAUUACGGGGAGAUGUGGUGCCUGGCGGCUCAGCCGAGGUGGCAGGCUGCGCGGGCGAAGGAUAACAAGCCGUUGCCGCCUGUGGAGGGGGAGUUCACGGGCCAGCAUCUGGCGGCUGGGUGUGCGGAUGGAUCGAUUGUGCUGUUGUCGACUGCGGACGAUGAUCUGAAGUUUCUGCGAGUGAUGCGGCCGUCCGCGAAAAAGCCUAGGGUGUUGAGUGUUACCUUUCAGAAUCGGAAUACACUUGUUGCCGGAUAUGCCGAUAGCUCGAUCCGCGUGUUUGAUAUUCGCAAUGGACAGUUGUUGAGAACGAUUAGUUUGGGCAAGGGACCUUCGGGGGGCUCCAAGGAGUUGCUGGUUUGGUCGGUCAAGUGUCUUCCUGAUGGGACUAUUGUGUCCGGAGACUCGGCGGGUGAGGUGAGAUUUUGGGAUGCGAAGAACUACUCGCUCAUUCAGCGGCUCCAGGGCCAUCUGGCGGAUACUCUGGAUGUUGCUGUGAGUGCGGAUGGAGAGACCGUUGUGAGUGGCGGCGCAGACCAGAGGACCGUGGUGUACAGGAAGAAGGCCGGAGAGAAGGGGGAUAAGAGUAGCAGGUGGGCGGAGGUAACGCAUCGCCGGUACCACACCCACGAUGUGAAGACUUUCGCAGUCUAUGAGACGAAGAAUCUUAGUAUCAUUGUUUCUGGAGGCCCCGAUGCCAGCCCUGUCGUCCUACCCCUACGAGAGUUCGGAAAAGAGCACCACAGAAACCUCCCAAGCUUACCCCAGCUUCCCCCGGUAGUUUCCUCGCCUUCCUCUAGACUGGUCAUGAGCUUCUGGGAUCGGGAGGUUAGCAUCUGGCGUCUGUCUCGUGGACCUACAUCCUUACACGAGGCUCCCGACGGACAGAGGCACCGUUUGGUAGGAAAAGUAAUGAUUCAGGGCGAGGAAAACAUUACGUCUGCAUCACUCUCUAAUGACGGAAAAAUCCUCGUCAUCGCUACAAUCUCUAGCAUCAAAGUCUUCUCCGUCAGACGACGCAAAGGCGACGAGCGAGGCACUCUCCGCAUCCAAAAGCUAGACUGCCCAGACGAGAUCUCCGAUGAUGGAGCCCGAAUCGUAGCCGUCUCCCCAGAUAGCCGAUGGCUCUGCAUCAUCCGCCCAAAUAGCGACAUCACCUUAGCCAAGGUCAAGCCUGCUUCAUCUCCACAAGAGAAGACCCAGAUUCUGCCUCAGCUGGCGAAUCUCAGUAGAGCCCCGCGCCACACUCGCUUUGAGAACAUUUCCCACGGAACCUUGGGCAACUACGAACGCACAAUCCGCUGCGCCGUUUUUUCGCAUGGCAGCAAGAUCCUCGCAACAGGCGAUCUAUCCGGGUGCAUCGACACCUGGUCCCUCGAAGAAGUGGAUAAAGCAUCCUCCAGCAAAGCCCUCGCCAAGUCCACCCACAAAGCCGGCGCCUCCUCGGAUGAGGACUCUGACUCUGAUAAUGACAAUGACGACGAAGACUCCCCCAUCGUUGACGGCCAACGCUGGCGCCCCGUCGCGGGCGAAUCGCCUAUCCCACGUCUCAAGUCCGGCCUUGCCCUACUCUCCUUCCGGCCUCCCCCCCCCACCAAAUCCAAGCUCCUCACAAACGGCAACGACAACGUCACAAUAAUGAAAGAAGACGAAGACCGCCUCAUGGCCCUCACAACAGAGCACCAACUCGUUGAGUUCGAAGCUCUCUCGGGCAAACUCUCCGAAUGGUCCCGACGCAACCCCAAGGCCUACCUCCCCACGGACUUUAAGGGCGUCAAGGACCGCGCCAUGGGCUGUCUCUGGGAUCUUACAGACGAAACCAAAGAGCGACUCUGGCUUUACGGAACGUCGUGGCUCUGGAUGUUCGACCUUAAGCAGGAUUUCCCGUCCGCGGAGGAACUCAAGGAGAUCGCCGAGGGCCAUGAGGACUGGGACGGUCCAACGACCAUGACCACGACCACGACGACAGACACACCAAGAAAGCCACAGCAAAAGAGGAAGCGCGGCGCCGAAACCGAAACCAACGACGAUGGCGACCUCGUCCUCCACGAAGAGGAGGGGGCCAAACGCAAGAAGACAACCAGCAACAGCGGCGCAGGAGACAGAAUCCCACUCGCGCAGUCGAAUAUCUUCUUUGACCAGAAAGCGAGACUGUUUGUCGGUCCGGACGCAUCCCAGGGCGAAUGGAUUUCGCUAGAAAAGGAAAAAGAACCCCAGGGCGGCCCGCUACGUAUCACCCACGACGAUGAAACCGGAUAUGACGACGACGACGACGACGACGACGACGAGGACAACGAGGACAACGAGGCCUACGCUGCCGCUCAUGACGUGCGCCUUGCCCGUCUCAGACGAGACCAAACCCAUCUUACCCCCGAGAACGGCGGCCACAGUGCUGCAGCCACCAAACCCAGCAAGCGUCUCUCCCCGACGACCGGAACAUCCGAAACACAACUUGCAGUAAACCCCACCGCCACCAGCACAACUCUCGGUACUAGCGCAGCUGCAGCAGCAGCAGCAGCGAAGAAACCCCAACCCGCGCGCCGAUGGUGGUACACGUACAAAUACCGCGGGAUCCUCGGAAUCGUGCCCCUGAGCUCCGACGCUGAGAUUCUGGCUGCUGCUGCUGCUGCUGCUGAUGACGACGAUGACGACGACGACGCAGAAGACGAAGAAGACGGCGCGCGCAACGGGCUAGAAGUCGCUGUUGUGGAGAGACCGAUGUGGGAUGUGGAUUUGCCGGAUCGCUAUGUGCGUGAGUACGAUUGAGCAACUACUCGGCAUUCUUUAAGGACUUGCUUACUUCUCACGGGUGGUUGGAAUGAUGGACAUGGUAUAGCUUGGUAUGGGGAACUACCUAGAGACCCGAUGAGAGUCUGCUUGGUUGGUUGGGUAGUUGGAGAUUUGUGUGUGUUUUGUUAUUAAAAGGGUUAUUAUGUUUCUUGCUUGUAUAGAGAGAGAGACUUACUUCCUUCCUUAGGUAGUGAUUUAUUUGUUGAUUUGUUGAUUUCUUGAUUGGCGAGCAGGAUUGGUACUUUAUUUAAAAGAUUUAAAUCAAAAGUUAAAAGGUUAUUCAACUGCAACUCUCA